AUGGGGUGGGGGACUGGGUGCCCCACCCCUCCUGACUCCUCACGCUGCUCCCUUUCUGUUUCCCUUACAAUGGAGGAGUUCCUAGCCAAAGCCAAAGGAGACUUCCUCAAGAAAUGGGAGAACCCCUCCCAGAACACAGCCAGUUUGGAUCAGUUUGAUCGAAUCAAGACCCUGGGCACAGGCUCAUUUGGGAGGGUGAUGCUGGUGAAACACAAAAAGACCGGGAAUCACUAUGCCAUGAAGAUCCUGGAUAAACAGAAGCUAGUGAAGCUCAAACAAAUUGAGGACACCCUCAACGAGAAACGGAUCCUCCAGGCCGUCAACUUUCCAUUACUCAUCAAGCUAGAAUAUUCUUUCAAGGAUAACUCCAAUCUGUACAUGGUGAUGGAAUACAUCCCGGGCGGGGAGAUGUUCUCCCACCUACGGCGGAUUGGGGGGUUCAGUGAACCUCACACCAGGUUCUACGCUGCUCAGAUCGUCCUGACCUUUGAGUAUCUGCACGCGCUGGAUCUCAUCUACCGAGACCUGAAGCCAGAGAAUCUCCUGAUAGACCAGCAGUGCCACAUCAAGGUGAUGCUGUUGCCCAUCUCCCACUCCUUUCCUUCCCUAUCCCAGUGCUAGCUCCUGGCUCCCUGCAGUGAUCUUCUCCCUGCCCAAGUCUCUCUCUGCUGCCAUCCCCUUCCCAAAGUGAAGACACCCCCAGAAAUGUAACACAGCCAGAAUACAUCAAUCAUCUGCUCCCUCCCCUUCCCCUCCUGCUGUCACAGCCUCUGGGCUGAUCCAGCUUCUCCCCUCUCUGUGUUUCGG